AUGGGAAAAGUCUCUGGUCUGUUUUUUCUUCCGGCAGACACUCACGUCAUGGUCAAGGAGUGGGCGGCCUACAAGGGGAAGUCCCCGCACACUCCGGAGCUGGUGGAGGCGCUGCCCUUCCGGGAGUGGACCUGCCCCAACCUGAAGAAGCUGUGGCUGGGGAAGGCCGUGGAGGACAAGAACCGCAGGAUGAGGGCCUUCCUGGCCUGUAUGCGCUCCGACACGCCGGCCAUGCUGAACCCGGCCAACAUUCCCACGCCCCUCCUGGUGCUGUGCUGCGUGCUCCGGUUUAUGUUACAUUGGCCAGGAGUAAGAAUUUUGCGUCGUAACGAACUUGACGCUUUCCUAGCCCAAGCACUUUCUCCUAAACUUUAUGAGCCUGACCAGCUGCAGGAACUGAAGAUCGACAGCCUGGACCCUCGGGGAGUCCAGCUAGCCGCUCUGUUCAUGAGCGGGGUGGACAUGGCCCUGUUUGCCAACGACGCGUGCGGGCAGCCCAUUCCCUGGGAGCACUGCUGUCCCUGGAUGUACUUUGACGGCAAACUGCUGCAGAGUAAACUAAUCAAGGCCAGCAGGGAGAAGGCCCAGCUCAUCGACCUCUGUGAUGGUCAGGCUGAGCUGGCUGCCAAGGUGGAGAAGAUGCGUCAAAGUAUCCUGGAGGGUCUCAACUUUGCACGCCCGCCUCACCCCCCCCCAUUCCCCCCACCUCCGCCUCCUCACGCGAUGCCUUUCUACCCCCCCGCCGGUUCCUUCUACCCGCCGCCCCCCAUGAUGCCUCCGCCCGUGCGGGGCCGGGGCGUUCCC